CCCGCAUAAACAAUCAAUGAACGCUGGUGGGGAAAGCUAGGGAAGUGACGUUGUGAACAGGAAACAACACUGAUUCUUCGAGUUCAGAAAGUUUUGUUAGCAAACUAGCAAAUUCAUCACAAAAAAACUCAUCAUACACAAAAACAAGAUCCAGAGAGAAUGGCUGCAGACUGGCUGGGAAGUCUGGUGUCAGUAAACUGUGGACCAACCCUGGGCAUGUACCAGGGAGAAGUGUCAUCUGUGGACCAGACUAGUCAGACCAUCUCUCUCAGACAACCUUUCCACAAUGGGGUCAGGUGCACUGUCCCUGAGGUCACCUUCAGUGCUAUGGACAUCAAAGAGCUCAAGUUCCUGGAUAUCCAAACACAAAGUGGUGUCAGCAGAGCCAGUGCUGGACAAGGGAUCUUGUCUGAUUCAGGCGUCAUAUCUUCAGGGCAGAGUGGUCAGAAUAGCAGAGGUGGUUACCUUGCCAACAACACCCAUUGCACCACCGCUCCUAUUACCAAUUUACGCAAAGGUGAGAUGAGAGGACUAGUUUGGGAGUUUUAUUUUUCAAACUGGUUGCAAGGCCCUGACGCAACAUCCCCUCAGGUAACAACAAUUGGGCUGGGGGACUUUUUAUACACUGGUGGUGGAACACCACCUUCUAUCAGCAGUUCUCCAGAAGCCACAAAGAAAAUCAAAAUAAGACAACAAAAUCACAUUUGUCUCUUGGAUGUCCCCAGGCUGACACCUAAGAAUAAUCACCAGCGUCCCACGGUGGCCCUGCUGUGUGGCCCCCAUGUCCAGGGGGCCCAGGGCAUCAGCUGUGGACGGCACCUGGCCAACCACGAUGUGGAGGUCAUCCUCUUCCUUCCCAACUUUGUCAAGAUGCAGGAGUCCAUCACCAACGAGCUCUCUCUCUACAGCAAGACCAGCGGCAAGCAGGUGGACAGCAUCAAAGACCUGCCGGUCAGCCCGGUGGACCUGGUCAUCAACUGUCUGGACUGCCAUGAGAACGGCUUCCUAAGGGAUCAGGCCUGGUACCUGGCGGCUGCGGACUGGGCCAACCAAAACAGGGCUCCAGUACUCAGCAUUGACCCUCCAGUGAGUGGCCAGAAGCAGGCCGUGGAGGCCAAGUGGACCCUGUCUUUGGGCCUGCCCCUGCCUAUAGAUGGUGGGGAGGCUAGGGUCUACCUGUGUGACAUCGGGGUGCCCAAGCAGGUGUUCCAAGAAGUGGGCAUCAACUACCAUUCGCCCUUCGGCUGCAAAUUCGUUAUUCCUUUACACUCUGCAUAGCAGGACCUGCUACAACCUAUCAGCCCUGGUUGUGAACAGGAUUGUGUUGUCAUUCUAGUGAAAUAUAGAAGGCCUUCUUAGAGGGUGAUGUGUACAGUUACUGAAUAAAGGUUAUGGGGUAAUUUCAGAAUGUGCAUUUAAUUGUAUUGCUGGUUGGUAUAUGUUUUUCCUUUGCUCCCGGUGGACCCCUGGGAGUAUAUCGUGGGCCACGGGAGAAUGGUAAAGCUCCAAGAGGAGGGCUUCCUGAUAAGGGCUAUGUGUGUGUAUUGCCCUCCUCUAAUAGCCAGUCUGAGUAUGUUAUGUUUACAGAGAGCUGACUAACCACUAGGAGUCAGUCUCUAUCUAUAACCCCUGACCCUGACCAUGUGACCAGCCCUGGGCCUGAGACAUACUUCCUGUUUCCUAUUGUAGAUUGUGUGGACUGGAGACCACAGGACCUGGCUGACCCAGUGCCCCACAGCAGAGCUCAAUCUCUCUCGCCUCUCUGGGAAAAGCACUAUGAUCUGAAUUGGAGGUUUUGGUUGAAAUGCCAUAUUCUCACUAAAUUCAAUUGGUGUGUUUUUCUUAAAUGGCACUUUUUGGUCAACAUCGAUUGUAGCGAUAUUGAAUUGAAAUGUGUAAUUUAGCUAGCACUAGUAUCAACUCGAAACACGCUCAUUUGUUUGUCCUCUUUUCUCUAUCUAAGAAAAUGGUUUAAGAAUUGGUCUGUUUUUGAAUAUAUGGAAAAUGUUUUGGAUUUGUUUGAAUGCAUAUCUUUUCUAAAGCUGCAUCUCUACUAUAUUUUUAACAACACUGCAAUGAAAGAUGUAAAGUGGUGCUCAACACUUUUGUUUCAGUGUAUUUGUGUUAUCGUACAAACAAAUAGUUUCUCCGUCUUUUACACUUCUCAUAUGAAAUCUCAUCUUUGUUUGACACCUGUCAGAUAAGGCCACAUACAGUCUUAUAAUAGUUUACAAGGGUAUGCAUAUGUAUCUGUUAAGUAGCUAUACACAGUAGAAAGGUACACAUGCUCUACCUCUGCUGCCGUGACUGUCUUCUUGCUUCAGGUUUUGUAAACAUGUCAUUUGCCAAGCAGUACCAUUUAGUUUACACUGAGUAUUACAGCAUUUGUCAAGAAACAAAAAAUGUAAGUUAGUUUUCCUAGUAGUAGCCAUUGUACCAUUUUUAAUUCACGUUCAGAUAGGCUUGGGUUUGGGUUUAUUUCAUUUGUGUUGGCAAUAUGACAUUUCAAAUCUGAACACAAGCGUUAGAUGUGUAGCUAACCAGAGGGGCCACAGCGGAUCUUUAAAUUAGCUUGAGCCAGACUUGGAUUUGUGUGAGACGUUCGGUGGUUGUGUAAACAGAUCUGUGAUUGCAGAUCUGUUUGGUCACGUACUGGCCAGGAUGUCUGAAUUAUGUUUUCAAACGAUUAGCAAUUUUUGCAAACACUCGGUGCAUCUUAGUAUGGAGUGCAGACCAAGUGUUUUAGGGAGCUUUUGUGAAUGGGUUAGAUUUAGGUUUGGCUAUGUUUCUCCAUGGGCAUUGAGGCUGACUGCUUUCUUAAACUGUAUUAUACCCUUUUUUAUUCUAAAUACAAUUAUUGGUGUGUUUGCACAUGUUUACUUUCAUGGGUAGUCGAUGCGGAUUGAUCUGAAUUGAUCGGGUUACAACUUUGCAAACAUUCAUAUGCAAACAUUCAUAUGACUAUAUCUUGCCUGUGAAUCUGCUCUACAUUUCCAAACGACUAAAUCAGACUAUUGUUAAUAGUGCAUAUAUAGUAAAUCAAUGGCAUAUGUUGCCAAUUGUGUUCUAGCUGGUAGGACUCUGAGUUUUCAUUUGUUUUUGUUUAUCUCUGGUAAUGUUGCUCAAUAAUGCUGUGUUGCUCAACAAUGUCGCGCAAUGAGCUUUCUCACUUAUUACAAGUGUAUGUAGCCUAUUUUUGUAAAUGUAUGCCAUCUCACUUGCAGUAUCUGUAGUUGGCACCGCAGUAUUGACAUAACAUGUUAUGAUGUGAGAAUAGAACAAAAAAAUGUAUAUUUAUAAAGCAUCCAAAUCACUUAUUUUAGCCUAGUUGUUGGGCUCCUUGAGGCUGCUGCUGUUGUCAGCUUUGAGAGGAAUGCCAUCAGAUGGCCUGUUCCUGCAUGCGAUGCCAGAGAGUUAUGGAUGCUAAGGUGAGGAGAUUUACAGGAGAUACAGGAGUCUUACAGGAGAUUUUAUGUCACCUAAAAGUGCUACUUUCAGAAAUAUUUCCCAGGGAAAUGAUGGUCUUGUAUUGUGACACUCCAGCCCAGACAGAUAUAUUUUCAAGUGAUUUAUGGUCAUAUUGUUACAAAAGAUUUGCCAGAAAACAGGUCAUGACUUCACACGGCCAGUUAGUCAUAUUCUUAAGGACUCACAGUAAUUGUUUUUGGGAAGUGUCCUCUUGGUAGCUAGCAAUGGGAUAGUGGCUAAUCUCAUGAUGUCGGAACUAAACCAUUUUUGUUUGAUCAAGUCAGUACAGAUUGAAUAUUUUUUUACAAUUUUGUUUACUUAAGUUUAUUUUUUAAGGAAUUGGUGUGUAAACUGGAAUAAUAAACGUUAUCCUUUAUCAUAAAGGAAUUUCAGCAAGGCAGAUGAAGCAUGUGACACCACAAGUAUUUGUAAUGGUGUGCAGAUCUGGUCCAAGUUGACACUGUUCUGUAUACUGAGAUCAAGCUUGAGAAUUCUUGACUGAUAAACAUUAAAUGUGACACUGCAUAGAAAAUAUUCAAUUUUUUAAAGGGCCUCAAUUUUUCAAAACACUUCCAUUUCAUAUGCUGUUAACCUGUUUGUUGUAAAAAAUAAAAUAAAAAGACCACUUCAUCCAUUUUUAUAUAGAAAAUACAGGGGGGCAGAAUGUGCCACAUGCACUACUUUUGUAGGAAUUGAAUCUUGAGGGCACAUUUGAUUUAUUUAAUUUGUGUUAUAGCUAACCCACAGACCACAGCUACAAUGUUGUUUUGGGUGGAAAAACGUAUUUUACAAGAUCAUGUGUGGGAGUGUAUAGUAAUUGUUACGGUUCUCCAAGCCACACUUUUUAUGAAGCUGCAGCAAAUGUACCAGUGUUUUUGUUUAUUAAAUGGACAUGUGGUUACUCUGCA